AUGGGUGAGAAGGCCAACACGUGCCCGUACUGCGGGAAGGGCUUCCGGCGCAGCUCCCACCUGACCCGGCACCUGGGCACCCACUCAGGCGGAGAGCAGCGCCCCUAUGCCUGCAGCCACCGCGGCAAGGGCCCGGCCCUGACUCCGCCGCCGGCGGGCGAGCGCCCCUACGCCUGCACCCACUGCGGGAAAGCCUUUGGGCGCAGCGCCCACCUGGCCCGGCACCAGGAGACCCACUCCGGCGAACGCCCCUACAAGUGCACCUACUGCGGGAAAGCCUUCGGGCGCAACGCCCACUUGACCCGGCACCACGGCACCCACACCGGCGAGCGCCCCUACCAGUGCGGUAUCUGUGGCAGGGCCUUCACCCGCGACGCCCACCUGACCCGGCACCAGCUCGUCCACACCGGCGAGAAGCCCUUCCAGUGCGGCGUCUGCGGCAAAGCCUUCACCCGCAGCGCCCACCUGGCCCGGCACCAGGGCAUCCACACGGGCGAGAAGCCCUUCGAGUGUGGGGUCUGCGGCAAAGGCUUCACCCGCGAUGCCCACCUGGCCCGGCACCGGGCCACUCACACCGGCGAGCGCCCCUACAAGUGCGCCGACUGUGGGAAGGGCUUCGGAGCCACCUCCCACCUCCUCCGCCACCAGAGGACCCACCAGGAGUAG